AUGGGUGCAACUGGGGAUGGAAGUAAGGUUUUCUUGACUUUUUCCGGCCACUGCGGCGUCGGUUGCGUCAUCGGAGGCAUCGGAGCAGUUGAAUUCAUCCACGGCUGGGCUAAAUAUUUCAUGCAUAAACAAUAUACAUUUACAACGCGAACUAUCUUACUGGGCAUUGGGGCACUCAUCCUCAUCACGGCCGGAGGCACCCCGACAGGCAAAGGCGGGUUCAAUGGAAUCAUGGGACCCAUCACCGUCUGUUCGUUCGGUGGCAAUGGUGCUUCGAUCACGCCCGGAGGGGGAGGUGGUGGACCAGCAGAACCAGAGCUCCGAAGUUCUUGCUUCACUGGCAUACCCUUCCAGCCCGUUGCCCUGAAAGAAGGGCACAAUUUUGUGUCACCCACGCUAGAACAGUCCUUGUAUGACCCAAGUUCUUUUUGCAGUGUCCUGCGUGACCUCAUCCGCCUAUUUUUUCAGGAAGAAAAGGGUUUGCUGCUUUCUUUGCAACAGGACAACAAAAAAUUAAUAAUAAUGGAAGCCACGCUGGGCAAGGACUACGAGAUCUUCAAGAAAACCGUGUACCACGAGGCUCGCGGGGAACCAUUAGACGGCCAGAAGUUCGUGGCAUGGACCAUCAAGAACCGGGCAUUCAGUGACAAACCCGAAUGGGGUGGCUCAUCCCUGGCAUCAGUUUGUCGACACCCCAAACAGUUCGAGUGCUGGCUGUCGGGUCGCGACACAACCAUUCGUGACAGGACGGCAUCCGACAGACUGGAUGGUUGGCUACCGGGUGUCUUCAAGGCAGAGAAAUGCAAGGAUCCCACUGGUGGCGUGGUGCACUACCACGUGCCAUGGAAAGACGCGCACCCAGACUGGAUAGACGCCUGCGAAGAGGUCAAGACAAUCGGUAAAUACAAGUUCUACCGGAUGAGCAAGCUAGAUCAGGCUUUUUCAUUCUUUUUUGUUGCACCCACCGAACACACAGAAAUUGCAAGACGGGUUUCAAAAAUGUUCAACACCAAUGAUCGGCACGGUUCAAGAUUUGAUAGUCAAACACAGUGA